AAAAUUUUGUUUUCUUUCAGAUGUUUACUUUGUCUGCCCGAGUUGUAAGAAGACGAAGUGUCUGCGAAAUACUGAUUAGCUGAUACUUAUUCACCUUAGCAAGAUAAAAAAGUGAUAUGAUACUUGGCCAUUUUAAGAAUCAACAAUAUGCUUUCUUAUGAUCUCCAGCCACAACUGUGGCCGUCCAAGGUUUGAAAAGAUACGUCUCCUUCAGAAAGCAAUCACGAGUCCAAUAUCGCUGUGGGAGUCUGCAUCGGGGGAACCCAUGUCUUCCUCCGACGCCAGUACUUACCUCUCAGCCGUGAAAUGGGGCGACGAGGGCCACUACCUAAAAGAAUUUACCAGCAAAUUCAAGCUUCCGCAAGUGGCCAAAAUUAUCAAAGGACAGUAUCAGAGUCUGGGAGUUCCCACCUUGCCCUCACCUAAUCUCAACCAGGUAGUGUUCCUUGCAUCUGCUGGAGCAAAACUGAAAGUCAUCGCGCAGUGCGUGAAAUUCAAGGACUUUGGUCGCCGAAUGGUUACCGUCGGUUCCAAACUUGCAGUUCCAGAGAAUUACGAUGGAUGGUUUGAAAUUCUUUCAGAGGACGGUCGAGCCGUUCGUUGCAUCGAAAGUGUUGCUGAACUGGCUCGGAGGAACCCAAAAUCAUGUUUAGUACGAGAUAGUAUUAAAGUUCACUUACCAAGACCAGAUGAUACUGAUUCUGUUUGGGAUAAAACUCGAACCAUUUCUCCAGGAGAAGUUCUCACUGUCGGGGAAAUCGUGAGUGGAAAUUCACGUGGUAACCGGAGUAGUGGAAAAUAUCUUGGAUGUGUUACUUCUUUUGGAGAUACUGUUUAUUUGCCGUUGGAAUUAAGGGGGAGGUUCAGCACAAUCGCCGGAGAGGAUAAUAUAUCAGGAGUUCAUACGGUGAAGACACUGAUGUCGAAAAGAUUUCCUUUGAUGGUACGUUUAGUACAUGGAAAACCACCUGUAGGCGUAAAACAAGGUUCUCAGUUUGUUAAUGAAAUGCGAUUAUACGCUUUGAUAGAAGAGGAAUGUCUAGUGGCUAUGCCACUUUCGAAAGAUGUAGGAGUAGUAUCUUUGCCACCGAACGCUGCGUUAAAGGUUCUGGCUCCAAAAAAUGCAGAAGGAUUGGUUAAAAUGCCUGAGCAUUCCGCUCUGGCUAAUAAGUGCCACAGUUUAAUGGUUGAAGCAUCUGGAUGUAUACAGAUAUGUGAUGUCAGUUGUGUUAGAGAAAUCAAGAACUUACCAUCCUCUUCUCAAAAUAUUUAUACUCAACGGAAAUCCAUGGAUACAUACCGCACUAUUCCUCUAAUCAGACGUAGUACGUCUGAUCCUCGAGGUACUAAUAUUCCUAAUAGAGUGCACUUAGAAAGGGGUUUAUCCACACCAAAUGAUACUUCACUGCCUCUGAAUGAUAGGACUGAUGAAUUUUCUGAUUCUGAUGACUUGCGAUACGAUGAGAUAGACCAGAUCUAUGAUUACGUGAGAGGAUUUGCUCCUUUACCUGUGAAUAUCAAGAACGAAUUUUCUGUGAGCGAAGACCACAAGUCUCAACUUUUACCCCAAAUUAAUGUCGAAAAUGUAAAUGGAAAAUCAAAUGAACGCAAGCCACCCGAACCUCCUCCCAUAGAAACUAUACCAGCUAGAAAGUCCAGUACAGGUACGGUUAAACACAACCAAACCCCCCAUAAGAUAACAGUAAGCAUUGUGAAUCGAACCCCUUCCUUCAAGACCAAAGAAAUAUUCAUUCCGCAUCGCAGCCAGAAAAAUAGGAAAGCAGCGGAUGAUCAUAUAUAUGAGAAAAUAGACAAACGAAAAAAUGGUCUAAAACUGGCGAAGGUUUUCGAUACUCCUGGCCGUACUCCUUUACGGUCAAACAGCGCGAGUAAAAUAUGUUUCCAGAAUGGUGCUGUUAACGCCAAUUGUGAUAAUAACAACAACAAUAAAGUUUCUUAUAAACGUCAAACUCAGUAUCAGCUGCAUGUUAACCAUUCCCAAAAUCAUUUGAAUGGAAAAUCCAGAUUCCUGAAAAACAACAAAAAUUAUGCUCACAAGGAUUUAUCUGGUAUCAAUCGAAAUAACAAUAAAACGCAGAAAACUUCUUGGGUUAAUAGUGGUGUAAAAACUAUUGCCACUUCUCCUUUAUUCCAUAUCCGUUAUAAAUCAUUAACAGAUUUGCUUAUGGAUUCCAAGAAAUCUAGCCCAGAUUCUAGCAACACUUCAUCUGGUAAAAAAGUUGAUGAUGGCUCAGCUGGAUCUUCUUCAACAAUGUCUUCUAAAGAAGAUAUCGAUGGCCAGGAUGAUCAGUCUGAAGUUGUCGAAGACUCGCAGAAAAACAUAAAAAAUGGACGUCGGUUGUCAAGGCCCAAGUCCUUAUCGAAUUUGAUUGGAGAUGUAACGCCAAAGAGAAGACUGGACAAUCAUAACUAUUAUAAUCUUGUGCAGAAUGAUCUCAUCAAACCUCCGGAGCUGAACUGUCCAAAAUUUUAUUCCAUGCCGGAUUCUACCCGGUAUACUAAGAAUCAUUAUAGUAGCACGCAUCAUUCAAAGAAACUGGGAACUUUAUAUUUAUGAAAGAAUACUGUAGGUUUUAAUAUUUUUCCUUUCAAUUUCGAUGAACUUCAGAAGUUCAAAAGCUUGAAAGGAGAAAUUUUCUAUUUUAUGUAAAAAAGCGGACACUCUUUAACGCUUUUUAAAGUUAGCCAAGCUAUGCUACAAAUUGUGAUGUCAAAAGGUGAUAAACUGCUAAAGCAGAUCUAUGAAAAUAAAAUUACGUUUCAUAAAGAACACUUGCUUUAGGACACUAGAAAUGUUUGUUUUUAUUUUUAUUUUUUUAUUGCCAUUGAAUUCUGUGUUCUUUUGCUGUUCUUUGGCGUCAAUAGCACGUUUUGAUGGAUAUUAGUUAAAUAGGACAAUCGAGUCACAUUAUUUCAUUCGCUGUGAUAUUUUUCACACCUUGUCCUGAAUGUCACUUAUGUAGUAAAUCUGAUGUAGUGCAGACUGUUAUGGUGAGUAAUGGCUGUUCUAAUUUUAUAAUAAAAUGCGUAAUAUAUAUGUA